CGUCGCUGUAAGAUCGCAUUUUCACCGAGAGCCUCAAACGCAACAGUUUACUUGAAUGUCUGAUGAAAUAUUAUGAAUAUGUCUGAGUUUUUUGUUCCUUUAUUUUUAAUUAUAAGCUGUUCAUCAGAGAGUAAAAGCGCUGUUGUUUAUACCCACACGUCAUUCCCCUAAAAGUCGAUAAAACGGAGGUAUGUGCUAAUUAGCUUCUCAACAGGUGAGUCAGUCAAAAUGGCUGACAUUUGCGAAGGUAAACACACGGCUAACAGCUCUCAAAUCGACUCACGUUCAGUCACCUGAGUCAGCAUUUGCUCUUGAAAAUGAAGAUAUUUUCCCAUACCUUGUGUAGUGUGGUGUUGCUACUCGCCUCACCUUUCUGUGUGACCAGUCCAGUGCCGACAGAAAUGUUUCAGACCAAAUGUCUUGAGCGUCACUUCUGGCUUUCUGUCAAGUCCAACUUCCUCAGCCCGAUGAUACAUUUUGACUUUAAAGACCAGUAUGGAUCCCGCUUCUUGUCCGAUCAGGAGGCCACACUCUGUGGUUACACUGUCCAUAUCAAUGACGUUGGAGACCUGGUAUUUCGUGCCUCCUUCCUGGCCUGUCAUGUCCAAAGCAAGAGAGGCACAGACUUUCACCUGCGCCUUUGGUUCGUGAAGGUGCAAGCGGACGGGAAAGCGGCGGUGGAGUUUCCCCUCCAGCUCCACUGCUCGCUCCUGGGACAGUGGAGCACCAGAGAGAUCGUCUGUGAGGAAAACUACAUGGAGGUGUCCGUCCAGCAGCCUAUUGUGCCCAUUUCAUCCAGAAAUGAGAAUCAGCAGGGAGUCGACAUGGCUGUGAUGUUCCACAGUGCGGACCAGCCGCCAGAGGAAGUGAGGGUCUUGUCCCUGAUUGAGGCUGCUGUUCUGGGCUACCACAUCUCACAGCGCGGCUCCCGGCUCACCCUCCGCUGUUCCUACUCCUCCCCUCACUCCUACGUCAUCAACGAGAAGGGAGCGGAUUUAAAUGUUGUCAGAGCAACCAUCCUGUACCGACUCCAGAGACACUUCCUGGCUAUCGAUGCCACUCUUGUCUGUGCUAUGAAUCAGGCAACAGCUGAAGGGUCUGCCCUGCUGUGGACUGCCCCUUAUAUUCUGUCACCGUUAGUCCACGGUCAUUUCUGGGACAGAGGCAUGACGGUGGGAAUGAACGGUCGGGCUCUGACUCAGUCUGAAAGCAAAGAGAAGGGAUUCAAGAUCGGCCUGCGGGAAGGGAGAGUGGAGGUCAGGAUUCCUUUAGGAGCCAAAGGUGGACACAUUAAGAGUGGUGUUGUGAGGGGACAGUACAGCCAGGCCAUGUCAGUGGAGCUGUUCUUCAGGAGGCAGUGGGAGGACCAGCGUUGGCCUCUAACGCAGCAUCGCUCCUUCAGGCUCCUCAAGACUCCUCUCAUUCCACAAAUCCCAGUCUUCACCAACAGCGCAGUCCCCUCUGAGGGAUUGUUGUCUGUCUCUUUAGGCCACUUUGCAGCUGAUGUUUCGCUCCAGAAGGUGACAGUAGAUGGUGGCGGCGAACCUUUAACCUGGACCCAGAGCCUCCGCACGCAGAGCGACGCAGACCUCGCUGUGUCCAGGCUCUCCCAUUCCAACGGGAGCCACGCCUACCAGCUUCGCUUCCUGCUUUCACACCCAAAAAUAAUCCCAGAGUAUAUAGGUGGUGGCUAUAAGAUGUACAGCAUCUCCUUCACCUUUCUUCUUAACAUCUUUCCCAGUGGAGAGUUGUUUUAUCAUCAAGCUACUAUAGAGCAUAGUGUCGAAUACACGGCUCCAAGUUCCCCCAAGCUGGAAGGAAAGUGCACCGAGAGCAGCCUGCUGGUGCUGCUGCACCACGGGGCCCAGGCCGAGCUGCAAUGGCAGCUCUUCCUCGGAGGCCGCAAGCUGGACUGGGACCUGGUGGAGAUGGGUGGGUUUGUGGUGGAUGCAGAGGAGGAAUACUUGACUGUGGAGAUCCCCUUUUACAGCCCAGGGAUGAACUAUGAGCAUCUGACAUUGCAGGGUCUUGUCUCUGGAGUGGAAGUGUCUGUUGUGGACGCAGAGUCUCUGAAAGUGGAGGACACUCUUGUCCAUAAAUGUACCUUUCCCGUUCGAGAACUACUGGUUUGUCUGCCAGAAGGGCGGAUGGUGGCAAUAGUCGACACCUCUCACACUGUCCCGCCCACUCUCCCCAACCGAACCACCCUAAUGGACCCCAGCUGUGUUCCCAUGGAGAUGGACAGCGCCAGAGCCCUGUUCAGCUUCAGCCUGGACUCCUGUGGGACAACUGUAACUACUGAGGGAAAUUUCCUUGUUUAUGAAAACCAGAUCAAUUACAUGCAAGAUUUUCUACCUUUCAAUGAUCCUCUCAUACACAGAGAUUCUCCAUACAGACUGACAGUGCAGUGUCGAUACCCAGCAAACGACAUUCGUACUCUUGCUUUCCUAUCUGGACCUUUUACCCAUGCCAAUAAAUCAGAUGUAGGGAAGCUGCAAACACAGAUCAAGGAAAACAGUAUGAAUUUGGAGGACAAAACCAUCAUCUAGGUAGUGUUGCUGUGAAAUUUUAUUUAAACUUUAUUAAGUUUCUGCUUGUCUCUGUGAUGCUGCUCCUGGGGCUCUGCUCAUGAGUUUCUGCAUACUUGACCUGCAAAUUAAAGAAAUAUAAAGAAACCAUUUUCCUUUUUUUUUUUUAUUAUGUGAUUUAUUUUAUGUAUCUUCCUGUGGUAUUUAUCUGUAUCUAUUGUUUAUCUGUCUAUCUAUUAUCUAUUAAGAAAGGCCAUCUGUAAUUAUAUGUUAUGAUUGCGAUGUGAUUAUAUGUUACAUUUUGUAAACAUGUACUCCAUGCUAUGAUAUUUUAUUCAUUAUAGACGACUUCAUUGUCAAGUGUCCUGGUAAUUAACAC